AUGUUGGUCCGGCCUAGUGUUGUAAUGUACAAUACAAUCAUUCAUGGUAUGUGCAAAGAUAAACUUGUUAAUGAUGCAUCUGAUUUAUAUUCUGAAAUGCUUGCUAGGAGAAUCUUUCCUGAUGUUUUCACUUAUAAUGCACUAAUCUAUGGCUUUUGCAUUGUUGGUAAAUUGAAAGACGCAAUUGAUUUGUUUAAUAAAAUGAUACUGGAAAACAUCAGCCCGGUUGUGUAUACUUUUAAUAUAUUGGUUGAUGCUUUUUGUAAGGAAGGAAACAUGAAAGAAGCGCAAAAUGUGUUAGCUAUGAUGAUUGAAAAUGACAUUAAACUUGGUGUUGUUACCUAUAAUUCGUUAAUGGAUGGAUAUUGUCUUGUAAAUGAAAUGAACAAGGCAAAAGAUAUAUUCAAGACUAUGGUUCAAAGGAGAGUAACUCCUAAUGUUUUGACCUACAAUAUCAUGAUUAACGGAUUCUGUAAGAUUAAAAAGGCUGACGAAGCUAUAAGUCUCUUUAAAGAAAUGCACUGUAGAAAAAUCAUUCCUGAUACGAUAACUUAUAGUUCCCUUAUUGAUGCCUUGUGCAAAUCGGGAAGAAUCUCAUAUGCUUUGGAGCUUGUCGAUGAGAUGUGUGAUAGAGGUCAACUACCUGAUAUAAUUACGUACAAUUCUAUAUUGGAUGCUUUAUGCAAUCACCACCAAGUUGAUAAGGCAAUCGCAUUGUUAACAAAGUUUAAAAGCGAGGGUAUUCAACCAAAUAUGUAUACAUACACUGUUCUUAUCAAGGGACUGUGCCAAAGUGGAAGACUAGUGGAUGCGCGAAACAUUUUUUGA